UGGCUCGGUGCGCGGUCGUGUCGCCCGCCACUCUUCCUUCUGUUUCCGCUGAGCUGCAGCGUCGUGUUGAUGCGAGUCAGGGCGACUUUGGCGUCUGCGUCCGUGGUGGCAGCGCUGGGCCUUGUCAUACGCAGCCUCACGCAGGUUCUCCACCGCCUCCGUGAGGCUGAGGCAGCUGGUGCUGCUGAGGCGGCUCGCGCUGAUGCUGAGGCAGCCCGCAAGCAUGAGCUUGCCUGUGAGCUGCUCACGCUGCGCAAUCUUCUCAUCUCGACACCUGCCUCGGUGGAGACUCGCUUCGUCCCCGCGCCGAGCGACGUCUUUGUCGUCGGCUACCCGCGGUGUGGCACGACGUGGGUCAGCCAGAUCGUACACGCGCUGCGCACAGGGGCAGAGGUCGAGAAGACGAUGGCCUUCGGCGAGAUCAGUGAGGUCGUCCCGUGGGACGUCCAGGCCGAGGCGUGUGGCCAGCGGCUGAACUCGCCGCAGGUGGGCGUGCCGCGCGCCUUCAAGUCGCACGAGACGUGGGAGGCGAUCGCUAAGGCCGCGCGCUACAUCUACAUGGCUCGCGACCCGGUCGACGCCUUCCUCUCCUGCUACGAGCACCUGCCCGCGUACGCGAACCUCCUCCCCGGCGACCUCGAGCCGCAGCAGUUCGCGGACGCGCUGUUCGCCGGCGCCGCGCGCGCCGGCCAGAUCUGGCCGCACUUUCUCGGCUGGUGGAAGCAGCGCCGCAAUCCGGACGUGCUCUGGGUGUUUUACGACGACCUGCACGCGGACUUGCCUGGCUGCAUCGCGAGGGUGGCAGAGUUCCUCGGCCUCGCGGAGAGCGAGCCGGCCACGCUAGAGCGCACCGCCGCGCUCUGCUCCUUCGACUUCAUGUCGGCGGCCGACAACGCGCCGCACUUUGACGACCACUUCGUGCGCGGGCACGUGCUGCCGCGGAUGGGACUGCCGCGGGACCUGCCGGCGCGCGUCUCAAAGGUGUGCCACGGCGUCGUCGGCAGAGGCGCGCGCGAGCUGCCCGCCAGCGUCGUCGAGCGGCUGGCGGCGCGCUGGGCAGAGACGAUGGUCUCCGAGACGGGGUGCAGCAGCUACAGCGAGUUGCGAGAGGCGUACUCGCACGAGCGACCGCUGACGCCCGACACGGCGUACGCGCCCGACCGACCGCGCUUCUCGGCCUCGUGGUUCUCGCUGCCAAACAGCCUGAGCCCCGCCAGCAGCGGCAGCCACUGACGCGCCCGCCCGCGAGGCCCGCGGCUCCUUUUCAGCCUCGAGACCUCGGGACGCGCCGGUGCCUCGACGCGUCGAGAUGGAGGCGACGGAGCGACGGGCCUCGGGCUCGGCCACCAAAUUGAGGGGACCGCCGGAGCAGCCGCAAAGGAUGUUGCGCGCCCCUUCGGGGUCCGUGCCCCCAGGUUUCACGCAGCUCGCUAUGUUGCCGCGGCGGGCGCCUAUGUAAAAUUGCGCUGAAAUCAUGGCUGAAAUCAACUCCGGGUGAUAGACGACGGCCCCAUGCCCUACGAAGACGUAAGUAAGAGAGACAGAGAGAAAGAGAGAGUUUUUGGCAAAAAUAAAUUUUGGUACCUUUUUUGUAUUGUAUUCCUAACCU